AUGGAUAUUAAAGCAGUAGUAGUUGUAUUUUUGAUACUUGCAACUUUAACAACAUCAGUAUACAGUAAUCAAUUAGCAAAUCAAAUCAAUGGUGAUUACUAUUAUCCAAUUGACCAAGGAGCAAAAUGUGAACCAUAUAUAGGUGAUAGACCAGACUUUCCUCUUUGUGGAGGUUUGCUAGCAAACCCAAAUUCAAUCUAUGUAAAUUCAACAACCAAUCAAACCUACCUUAGAACACAAACAGAAACAUAUUUUCAAUUGGUUCAAUUAAUCGGACCUCAAGAAUGUCAAUCUGAUACUGCAACCUAUAUCAAUCUUUGUUCAUUUUUCUUUUUAGAAUGUUUAAAUGUAACUGUUAAUGAUACAGUUACAAAUACAUCUACUGUUGUGGUGUUACCUAGAAGAACAUGUCAGAAUAAUUGUUAUCAAGCUGCAACAGAGAAAUGUCAAAUACCAGAGACUUUAUUUAAUUGUUCUAAAGGUGAUCCUGCAUUUGGUAAUGAUUAUAUACCUAGUUAUCCGGUCAAUGGAAGUUUAUACAAUUUAACAGAGUUUGGAGGUACAUUUGAUUACAAGGUACAGUGUCUCAACCCUUUACUAUACGUAAAUGGCUCGUACAAUCAAAAGUCGUGUCCUUUACCACUACUUUUAUUCAAUUCUACCAUGUCACACGAGCAAGGUGGGAAGGAAGGAUACUUUUACGUAACGAAUAGUAGUGCAUGUGUGUUACCAUGUCCACUACCAAUAUUCACAGAGAAUCAGUGGGAUUCACUCUUUACCUUUCACGAUGUCAUUGCCUAUCUAUCAUUCUUUGGUAGUUUGUUUACAUUUGUUACAUUUGCAUGUCUCAAUCAAUUCAAAACUGCCAAUGAUAAGAACUUGGCACUCUUUUUAACAUCAAUCUUUUUAAUGUCAUUGUCUGGCGUACUCAACAAUUUCAUGGGCCGUGGUAGUACAGAAUCCUUUUUAUGUCCUUCACAAAUUCGAUCUACCUCUUCAGAGGAUGGUAUGUGUGUAUUCAACGCAUUUUUAUUUCAAUUCUCUGCACUCAACUCUGCAGCAUGGUGGUGUGUCAUUGCCAUAGAAAUCUAUUACACCAUCACUCAUUUAACCAAGAAACUCGAACUUUUCAAAUACUAUCUUGCUGGUAUCACAAUCUUUACACUUGUUUUUAGUUUUGUUCCACUUGGUUUAAAAGUUUAUGGUUAUAAUAAGGGAAACUUUAUGUGUUGGAUAGUUGGAGGAGAUGUUUAUGAAAAUGUAUUUUUAUGGGUACCUUUGGGAGUUGCAUUAACCAUUGCAUCGGUACUCAUUGUAUUGGUGAUGAUUGAAAUAUUUAAAGUGGUUAGAGCUACUGGAAGAGGAGGUAGUCUUAUCAUACUCGAGGCAAAACCAAUGUUGAUGGUAAUCGCCAUUUAUUUUUCUUAUGUUUAUCUUUUCUUUUGGAAUUAUUAUUCAGAUAAUGUAGUUACAAAGAGAAUUUAUGAUACAGAGGUACCAUCAUUUUCACAAUGUUUAUUUAGUGGUCGAAGUGAUUGUACGUUGAGAGGACCUGAUUUUGGUAUGAUGGCGGCAUAUGUUUAUUUCCUUCGUAUCUAUGGAUUGUAUAGCUUUUUUAUUUAUGGAUUCAGUGCAAAGUCUAGAAAGAUUUGGAAGAGAUCUAUAUUUAUUCAUAAUAGAUUGGUACAAGGUAUUUUGGCACGUUUCCAAAAUAGAUUUAGAGGUAGUGGUGGAGACAAGACAAAGACAAAUCCAACAGAAUCUACAAACCAUCCAUCGGCUGGUAGUAAUGCAAGUAGAACUAUUUCAAAGAUUGAUGUAGAAUCUACAAUGAAAUCACUCGAUUAUAAUUCAGAUUCUGAAGAGGAUUUAGAUGACAAUGAAAUUAAAUUACAACAGCGAGAUGUUUCAACACCUUUCUAG